UUGACCAAAAUGGAACCUGAACUGCUGGGGUCCAACACAAAACUGUCCACUGCACCUUUUCUUCAGAACCUUCGAAGCAAAGCUGAGCAAAAAGUUUCAUCACGACGUAACCUUUGGUUGAACGUUUCAACUGAUGACAACAUGCCUCCAUCGAGCACUCAAUACACUAAGCUGCGAUGGAUAUUAACCAUAGCUGGACUGUUCUUGUAUGUGGUGGACAUUGGUACAGACGUCGGGCUGGCACUGAAGUAUUAUCAAGAGAAACAUUUUGUGUGGACUGGAUUGACUCUGGUGUUUGUUAUGGCGGGGGUGCUGGUGACACAGAUAUUCAGCUAUGCCUGGUACAGGGACGACAUGAUGGUGAACACCGACGGAGGACCAAACAUGUCAGGCACGUCCACAGGUGCCCUUGCUGUCCUUCACCUAUUUGGCAUGGGCAUCUUCACCAGGUAUUGUCACCUGCUAAAGGAAGGUUUCAAAGUGGUUUGGACAACAACAAAUUCCUAUGCAGUGGAAGAGAGAAAAGAUGUGCACCACAAUCUGUUUUGCCUGGCGACAGAUCUGAGCAUGCUCAAACUGCUCGAGGCUUUCUUGGAGAGCGUUCCCCAACUCCUUCUGCAACUAUACAUAGUGAUGGGCCAGAAUGAGUGCUCACUCAUACAGUGUUUCUCCAUGGCGUUCUCCUUCUUUAACAUUGCCUGGGCCCUGGUUGACUAUCGCCGCUGCCUGCGCAGAUCCCUUCCCCACAUCAAUGAGAUGCCCUCAGGCCUCCCCACAGCAAUCUACCUCCUCUACAAACUCUGCACCAUCACCAGUCACAUCCUCAGCUACACCCUCCUCCUUUUGCUGAGCCCCUACAGCACAAUAGCCCUCACCAUCGUCUGGUUGCUGGCGAAUAUAUGGACACACGUGCUCCAGACCGACUUCUGCUCUUCCGGUAGACUUGAGCUUCUGUACCGAGCAGUCAUUGGAGUCAUCCUCACAUUCACCUUUUUCAACGUCAAAGGACAGGACACUAAAGUAGCCAUGUUCAUCUACUACUUGUUCUAUGCUAUUGUAAACAUUAUUGCUCCUUCACUGAUAGCUUUGUUGAAACCAGAGUUGCGGACAGCCACGUUUUUUCUGCCCGUCUGUGGUUUAAUCUUUGGAGGUUCAGUGCUGGGGCUAGUGUGUCUCGUGCUGUACUACCUCCUCCUGCAUCCCAGAGAGAAGUGGCGAGAGGCUGAUGAGGUGGACGGCCUUGGCAAUGAACUAGAGACCACAAGAAGGAUAAGGAACUUUUUACAGCCUUGAGGCUCUAUUUCUGGUUAUGGUGGUUCAGAGAAAAAGAUUGCUGUAUGUUAGAUGUGAUG